CUCUCGCGAGAUCUGACAUCACUGCGCGUGAACAAAGCAGGACGAGGAAAAAAAACAAGAUGGCGUUUGGUGGACAAUACGUUAUUGUGGAUAUUGCAGUACUGUGUUCUUAGCCAGUACGUGCGUGUACACAUAUGACGUUUGCUAAAAUAAACAUUGUUGAUAAUUGUUUGUAUUUGGAGACUGAGUCCGAGCGCAUUUUGAAGUUAGGCGUUAGGUUAGCUUGCUAGUUAGCUUAGCAUGCUAAAUUGCUACCUUUAACAAAGAGAGGUGUAAGCUAUCAACACAUCGCUAAGCAGGGAUCAAGUCUGAGUGUAAAGUGUUGUGAUUGUGUGGAAAUGUGCGAAAGUAUGAUAGCAGAGUACGGGGAGGAAGUUUGUCCAACAAAAGAGAAGGAGCGACAACAUCAACUACUGGACGCUGUUUUCAAGAAACAUCAAGUUGUGUUACAAAGAACAGACAUCCAGCAGCCCUCCCACAUUAAAGAGGUUGAUCUACAUCCGCCUUGUGUAAAAGAGGAGGAGGCAGAGCCAUCCCACAUUAAAGAAGAAGAGGAGGACUUGCGGAUCAGUCAGGAGGAAGAGUGUCUUCUCAGGCCGGAGGAGGCUGAUUUCGCCAAGUUUCCACUGACUGUUGUCUCUGUGAAGACUGAAGACCAUGAAGACAGACCACCUGAGUCCUUACAGCUUCAUCACAGUCCAAACGUCUGUAAAGAACAGCUUCACCCUGAGCAACAGGAGUGGAGUUUCAGGAUAGAGCAGGAGGAGUCUCAGCGCUCCCACAUUAAAAAAGAAGAUGAGGCGCCACAUAUCCUUCACUUUAAAAAGGAAAAAGACCCAUUGACCCCCGACAUUAAAGAAGAAGAGGACCCUCUGACUCAUGAUCUUGAAAAGGAAGAGAAGACGCUCGAGACCCCGCACCUUACAAAGGAAGAGGGGGAACACAGCAUCAGUCAGAAGGGAGAGCAUCUUGAAUGGUUGGAGGAGUUCCCAGUGAUUGGUGUAAUUGUGAAGACUGAAGAUGAUGAGGUCAAAGGUGAAAGUGAGGAGAAGAGAGAGGUGGAGCCUCCAAGCAGCAGCUCAACUCAACACAUGACAACAGAAGCUGAUGGAAACCACUGUGGAGGAUCACAAUCAGACGAGAUCUUAGCUCCACUAUCAGAUAGUGACGACACAACCUCACACUCUCCUUACACUGAGGAUGAAGACUCUAAAGAUGAUAAGACAUGUCACACUGACAGCACACGCUUGACAUGUUCUCACUGUGACAAAACGUUUAAAUAUCAUUGUCGUCUGAAAACCCACAUGAGAAUUCACACCGGAGAGAAAUCAUUUGUGUGUUCAGUUUGUGGUAAAAGAUUUUUUCACAAGCAUCAUUUAAAAGGACACACAAGAGUACACACAGGAGAAACACCCUUUACCUGUUCAGUCUGUGGUAAAGGUUUUCCACUAAAUCAGUGUUUGAAAGUACACAUGAGAAUACACACUGGAGAUAAACCUUUUACUUGUUCAAUCUGUGGUAAAGGUCAUAUACAAAGUGCAGAUUUGAAAAAACAUAUGAGAAAGCAUACUGGCGAAAAACCUUUUUCCUGCACAGAAUGUGGUAAAGGUUUUGUACAAAGUCAAUAUUUAAAAAUACACAUGAGAAUUCACACUGGAGAAAAACCUUACACGUGUUCUAUCUGUGGUAAAAGUUUUCUACGAAGUCAGUGUUUGAAAGUACACACAAGAAUACACACUGGAGAAAAACCUUUUACUUGUAAAAUCUGUGGUAAAGGUUUUAUAAAAGGUCAAAGUUUGAAAUUACAUAUGGGAAUACACUCUGGAGAAAAACCUUUUACCUGUACAAUCUGUGGUAAAGGUUGUAUAAAAAGUCAACAUUUGAAAGUACACAUGAGAAUACACACUGGUGAAAAAACAUAUUCCUGUACGAACUGCAAGAGAAGCUUUUAUGAACACAAAAACCUUGUAGUACACAUGAGAAAACACACAGGUGAGAAAGUGUUGAGUUGCAGUGUGUGUGAUGAAAGAUUCUCUUAUAAGUACCAGUGUAAGAAACACAAGUGUGCUGGUGAGAACAGCAGCAGCAAGCAAAGCUCCCACAUUCACUUGGAGAUCAUCUACGACACGCUGAAGGAAAGCUCUCUGUUGCUACGGCGACCAUCGGACGGGUUCAGGACACAGAAGGUGAGCGUGAGGCCAAAGAGGGCGGGACUUACCUGGAAAGAUGUGGAUGCAGACAGGAAGGAGGUGGUGCCCUCGAGGGAAGUUCUAGAAUUGGCCCCCACCAUGUCGGAGCGCGUCAGGCACACUUGCCGCUGCGACGACGCAGGCACACUUGCCGCUGCGACGACGCAGGCACACUUGCCGCUGCGACGACGCAGGCACACUUGCCGCUGCGACGACGCAGGCACACUUGCCGCUGCGACGACGCAGGCACACUUGCCGCUGCGACGACGCAGGCACACUUGCCGCUGCGACGACGCAGGCACACUUGCCGCUGCGACGACGCAGGCACACUUGCCGCUGCGACGACGCAGGCACACUUGCCGCUGCGACGACGCAGGCACACUUGCCGCUGCGACGACGCAGGCACACUUGCCGCUGCGACGACGCAGGCACACUUGCCGCUGCGACGACGCAGGCACACUUGCCGCUGCGACGACGCAGGCACACUUGCCGCUGCGACGACGCAGGCACACUUGCCGCUGCGACGACGCAGGCACACUUGCCGCUGCGACGACGCAGGCACACUUGCCGCUGCGACGACGCAGGCACACUUGCCGCUGCGACGACGCAGGCACACUUGCCGCUGCGACGACGCAGGCACACUUGCCGCUGCGACGACGCAGGCACACGCACACUUGCCGCUGCGACGACACAGGCACACGCACACUUGCCGCUGCGACGACACAGGCACACGCACACUUGCCGCUGCGACGACACAGGCACACGCACACUUGCCGCUGCGACGACACAGGCGGGAGGUCGAGAUCCAAAAGGGGCAGCGAGGGAACCAGAGGGAAAUAUGGGGGGACGAGAUACACAGCUCGUGACGCGGGAACAGAGGAAAACUGCUGCUGGAAGAUGACAAGGGACACGAGACAAAUGAACAUGGAGAGGGAGAAACUCAGAGAGAGAGUGUGCAUGGAGCUAGAUAUGACGGCUCACUUGAGGCAACCUCAGACGCCACCAGCAACCCCAGUGGGCUUGCAGACGCCAGCUCAGGACACGCAGACAGUCCAGCCGCCUGCUGCUCCAGCUCUGGACAUGGCAACAGCUCAGCCGCCUGCUGUUCCAGCUCUGGAGGCGCCGACAGCCCAGCCGUCUGCUGCUCCAACUCUGAAUACGCAGACAGCACAGCCGCCUGCUGCUCCAGCUAUUGAAUUGCCAUCUUCGUCUCAAGCGGGCCGUCUCAAGCGGGCCGUCUCAAGCGGGCCGUCCCAUGGCGCCGCUAGACGCAGAAGUUAUCAACACUUGGCUAAGCAGCGAUCAAGUGUGAGUGUAAAGUGUUGUGAUUGUGUGAAAAUGUGCGAAAGAACGUUAGCAGAGUACGAGGAGGAACUUUUUCCAACAGAAGUGAAGAAGGGACAACCUCAACUACUGGACGCUGUUUUCAAGAAACAUCAAGUUGUGUUACAAACAGCAGACGUCCAGCAGCUGAUUAAAUGUCAAGAAAACUGUCUCUGUCAUACGCACAGAAGAAGCAUCACUUGGAAGCAAGAGGAUCCACAGCCACACCAUGACAAAGACAAAGAAGAGGACUCACCCCCUCGUAUUAAAGAAGGAGAAGAGGAGGAGCCAGAACCAUCCCACAUCAAAGAGGGAGAUCUCUGGAUCAGCCAGGAGGGAGAGUGUCUCUUUGGGCAGGAGGAGGCUGAUCUUACCAAGUUUCCACUGACUGUUGUCUCUGUGAAGACUGAAGACCAUGAAGACAAACCACCUGAGUCCUCACAGCUUCAUCACAGUCCAAAUGUCCAGCAGCUGAUUGGUUGUCAAGAAAAAUGUCUUCUACAGCAGCAAGGUGGUAGCUUCACUUUAAAGAAGGAGGAUCCACAGUCCCCCUUUAUUAAAGAGGAAGAAGAGGAAGUGUGGAUCAGUCAGGAGGGAGAGCGUCUUCAAGGACAGGAGGAGGCUGAUCUCACCAAGUUUCCACUGACUGUUGUCUAUGUGAAGACUGAAGACCAUGAAGACAAAUCACCUGAGUCCUCACAGCUUCAUCACAGUCCAAGCUUUGAGAACAUAGAGGUGGAGCCUCCAAGCAGCAGCUCAACUCAACACAUGACAACAGAAGCUGAUGGAGACCACUGUGGAGGAUCACAAGCAGACAAGUUCUUAGCUCCACUAUCAAAUAGUGACGACAUAACGUCAGACGUUGAUGUAAAUAUAGAAUCACACUUGAGAACCCACGCAGGAGAAAAACCCUUUAGUUGUUCAGUUUGCACAAAGAGCUUUGUUAGAAAAUGGCAGUUGAAACGACAUAUGACAAUACACACAGGAGAAAGACCUUAUAGGUGUUCUGUUUGUGCAAAAGGCUUUGUUAGAAACUCUCAUUUGUCUCGUCACAUGAGAACACACACAGGAGAAAAACCUUUCAGCUGUUCAGUGUGCGGUGAAAGAUUCGCUUUCAAAUGUAACAUGCAAAUACACAUGAGAACACACACAGGAGAACCCCCGGACAGUUGUUCUGUUUGUGCAAAAGUCUUUGAUAGAAAAGCUCAUUUGUCUCGUCACAUGAGAUUACACACAGGAGAAAAACCUUUCAGUUGUUCAGAAUGCGGCAUCAGAUUCUCUUACAAAUGUAACAUGCAAAUACAUAUGAGAACACACACGGGAGAAAAACCUUUCAGUUGUUCAGAAUGCGGGCUCAGAUUCUCUAACAAAUGUAAUAUGCAAAUGCACAUGAGAAUUCACACGGGGGAAAAACCUUUCAUUUGUUCAGUUUGUAAUAAAACAUUCUCUCGCAGACCUAAUAUGCUGUUACACAUGAGAACACACACAGGAGAAAAACCUUUUAGUUGUUCAGUGUGCGGUGAAAGAUUCCCACGCAAACGUACUAUGCAAUUACACUUAAAAACGCACAAAUGAGAAUAACGUUUUCUUUUCCAAAGUCUUCUUUCACUAAUAAUCUAUUGCGGGGCUACUCGAGAGUCUGAAAAUAAGUUUGGGUUUGGACUAUGAGUCAGCCUUGGCACAAUCUGGACCCAGCCAUCCAACUUUAUAUAUCAUAAGUAUUAAAAUAUUGUUGAGUUAUUCGGUUAGAAAUUAAAUAAAAACAUGAUUUAUUAUAUUUAAAUAUGAUCCACAACAAUCUGUUAAAGAUAAAUGUUUCAAUGUGACACUUAAAUAAAACAUUGGCAAAAUAUCACAUUCACAUAAAAGUGUUUAAAUACUUCCACAGGAAUACGUCACACCAUGACCUUUAAAAGGGUUUCUGUGGGUCAUUACAAAGCCUUAAAUGUCAUUAAAUGAAUUUAGAAAAAUUUUAGGCCUGAAAUGACUUUUAAAAUUAUUAAUGAUGUCAAGAGCCAUUAAAAAAAAUUAUUACAAUUGUUAUUGAUAGUCAAUAAGUCGAUUAUUUGAAGAUAAUAAAUUAGAAUUAACUCUAUAACUUUGCCAUAAAUUAAUUCAUAAAUUAUAAGUUACCUUUUUUCAUCUCUGGCUUUCUAAAAGGAUACAAGAGGUCCCACUCUGGGAAUCACUCUCAGCACCUGAAGAUGUUUAUUUUUGACAAUGGACCUAAAUGGACAGACAGAGAGAAGCCUCUUGUCAAUCAUCCACAAUCUUUGUUUCAGUAAGCAGGCAGGCAACUAGCUUACACAAAAUACAAGGAGCACUGCUAAGAAAGAAACGUUAGGCGCAAACAAGAUGAUCAUAAAGCCAAAUGUUCCUGUUUGGGAAUAUUUGAUCUUCAAACUGAAUGAGCAAUAUGAGCCCAUCAGCAAGGCCCAACUAGCAAGUCACAAAAAAAACAACCGCCCAAACCAAUUUUUCCAAUUGGGGAACAUACCGCACUUUAAGAUGUUCAAUAUUUAUUGAAGUACACAUUUUGCUAACAGACAUUAAGAGUCUAUUUUAUUUUUUGUGUUUGUUUACCUAUUUUGGAUAAUGAAGUUACAGACUUUACUGCAGUGAAAAUAUACUACAGUAAUGAAAAUACUCUGUUUAUUGUGUUUGAUUAGAUGCCUUAUUACUAUUGUUUUGUAUAUAAUUAGUACUCUGUUUUUCUUGGGUUUACUGGAUAUCAUUUAACAAUCUUACUAACAUUUGUAUUCUUAGUACUAUGAAGAUUUCUGACUCCAGGAGAAUACAAAGGUGGCCAACUCCUGUAACAAUGAAAUAGAACUUGUAUUUUGUUUUAGUUUAUUUUGUUCAUGUUAGUACCUUCUUUGUACAGCAGGGGUGUCUCGUGCGUUAGUCAUGUACAUUGUAAAUAACGUAAAUAAUUCAAUGUAUUUACUCUGAUGAUUAACAUGUGUGAUGACUGUAUCACGCUGAUAGUAUAUAUUUGUACCAUGAAUUGAUUAACGUGGAACCCGAAAAACUCAUUUGGGUGUUACCAUUUAGUGAUCAUUUGUACGGAAUAUGUACUGUACUGUGCGAUCUACUAAUAAAAGUUUCAAUCAAUCAA